UUUCCUGCCUCGCUUGACGUCACUGACCCCUACAGUCACACGUGCGUGGUACAUCGCAGACUCGCUAUUGCUCAAGACCUUUUCUUUUACGAUUUCAAACACCUAAAAAUACAACAGCGCCUACACUCAGGUGUAAUGAAUGUUACCUGAUAGAAUAAAUGUCGCUACGGCGUGUUUUCGUUACCAGUGACGACCUAAUGAUAUCCUCGAGCCAGACACGGGGGAGGAAACUGCUUAGCAAAGGGGCAAACAGGAGGGCAGGAAUACGAGCCCCCACUGCUCUCUUUACGGUUACUUGAACCAGGAUGGCUCUAGACAGAUGGAUGGGCCUGUUGACACUAAUCCACUGUAUGAGAUAUCUGCAAGACCUUGGUGCAAAAGAUUCACUUGCCACACAGACAGAGGAGGAACGAGGAACCAGAACAGGUUCGAGCAGACCUGUCUCCGCGGUGGGAAACGUGCAGAUCAGGAGACAGAGAGCUGGACAGAGGGACGCUCAGAGAAAGAGAGGGAUGGCAGUGGAGGAGAAGCCGGGUGUGAAGAGCAGCAGCUCCAUCGUCCCCUGCUUCCUGUUUGUGGAGCUGGUGAUCAUGGCUGGGACGGUGCUGCUGGCUUACUACUUCGAGUACACAGACACCUUCCCCGUGCACAUCCAGGGCUUCUUCUGCUACGACAAGACCUUCUCUAAGCCCUACCCUGGUCCGGACGACACCAGCAAGAUCCCCCCUGUGCUCAUCUACUCGCUCGUCACAGCCAUCCCCACCCUUACGAUUCUUGUUGGAGAGCUGUGUGCCUUCUUCACGAAGGCAGAGGGAACCCAGGAGAAGACCAUUGUCACUGCAGACUGCUGCUACUUCAACCCCCUACUGAGGCGCAUUAUACGCUUCCUAGGUGUCUAUGCCUUCGGCCUGUUCACCACCACCAUCUUUGCCAAUGCCGGCCAGGUGGUCACAGGAAACCAGACACCUCACUUCCUGUCUGCCUGCCGGCCAAACUACACAGCGUUGGGCUGCCAGUCCACCAUGCAGUACAUCGCAGAGCGCCGUGCCUGCACAGGCAACCCGCUGAUUGUCAUGUCUGCACGUAAAUCCUUCCCAUCCAAGGAUGCAGCGCUCAGCGUCUACUCCGCAGUGUACACAGUGAUGUACGUGACGCUGGUGUUCAAGACCAAAGGCACGCGGCUGACCAAGCCCACCAUCAGCCUCACCCUGCUCUGUCUGGCCAUGCUAGUAGGCGUGGUCAGGGUCGCUGAGUAUCGCAACCACUGGGCUGACAUCCUGGCGGGAUUCUUCACCGGGGGAGCCAUUGCUGUGUUUUUGGUGACUUGUGUGAUUAACAACUUCCAGCAGAUGCAGCCCAGUCCUCCUCCACCACGACCCCAACGCCCCGAGUCUGUGCUGGGCAUGCCAAUGGUGACGCUGCCCUGUGUGGAGAGUCCACUCGAAAAGUUAAGUGGCCCUCAGCAUCCCGCACUCUCCUCCUCCUGCCCACCUUACAACACCUACGUCCAACCAUUCUAACCAACUUUAACUCGUUUCUGCCUGUCGUUGUCACUCCUCACUAUCCCCGUCAUCUGUUGCCUUAUUUCUGUUUUUGCUCUAUGCAUUUGUUUUCUCCUCUUUCCCGCCCCUCAUCCCUGUGCAUUGCUCUUGAUUAUUCUUUUCUUCACUUUUCUCUCUCCUUCGCCUUCUCUCUGCCCCAUCCUCUCUCUUUCUCACUCCUCUCUUUCCCCUGCAGACUCCUCGGGGAUCUCCGUUCACCGAGAUCACAUGACCAUCAGCCCUAUCGGUUCCCCGCCACCCCCGAUGUCCUCAUACCGUCUCGCUCCAUUUCCAGCGAAGUCUAGACCAGUCGGAGCAGCACUCGCCGCACUGCGCCGCCCAUCCGGCUGGGCGGUACACAACGCUGCACCGCUCCUAUUCCACGCAGGUCUAGUCCUCCCGUAAUACAGCCCACACAUAUACACACACACCUCUGUUGCUCUUUCAACCCCCGGGGAACCGAUAGGCAAACUCUUCAAAGACUUUCUCUUUGCUGGACACCCAGUAAAGUAAAGAGCUGAACAUUCAGUACAGAGUCAGGUACAUCUCUUUCUUUUUUCAAUUUGAAUUCUAAUUAAAGACUUUUGUUGUGACUUUUUUUUUGUAUAACCUCAGUCAUAUGAAGCUCACAUUCAUCUUCAGUGGUAUGUUCUGUAAGGGAAAACACAUCAAACUGUGACCACUGAGAUGUCCAUUGCUAUUUUCUAUUUUUUUUUUUUUUACAACAGUAUGAAUGAGUUUUUCACCUGUUUGAAGGAGGCACGUGCUAAAAGCUAAACAUGGCGGUGAACUGACUCCCAGGACACAGCUUUGAUGUCUGCUGUCAGGAGGUUGCUAUGUUGGACCAAAGAAACUCACUGAUGGAUGCGUGUGCUGCUGAGAUUUACCCAUAAAAACAUCCUUUUAGCAAGCCAUACGUACACACACACACGCUCUCUUUUUCUCCCUUGGUCUCUCUCUCUCUCUCACCCUCUCUCCUUAUCUCAUCCCAUUCACACACACACAACCUCACACACACACACUGUAGUCUGAGUAGCAGUGCCCUAGUCAGCUCUGCAUGAGGUUUACUCAGAUCAAAGAAUCCAUUUCAUAUCUCUUGGCAGAAGCACCAGACAAAAGCAAACAGGAUAAAAGAAAUGACAUCUUCACUUGGCUUCUUCUUCAUGUUUUUUCUCUCAGAUGGUUGCAACUUUGCCAAAAACUGAUGUGAAGUACAAACAUAUUUAAUAAGACAAAGCCAAGCUCCCAACUGCAGGUGGCACAACAGUGAGCCAAAUAAAGUGCAUCGCAUUCAGGAGCAAAUAUUUGUUUUUUGUAUUCUUUUGAGACAAGGAGCCUUCAUACAAAACACUUUCUGUGAAGCCAGCAGAAGUUAGUUUUUGGUUUCAUUUCACUCUGGAACGGCAAUCACUCACCCUGAACUGGAGUCAUGUAUUUGUUGUGAUUACUUUCUCAGAUUUUAUUAAUAGAUUUAUUUAUUGACAUGUGUAUAUAUGGUGUGGUUGCCAUAAGCGCUCCAUAUGGCGUGACAGUUUUGCUGAUUUUGAUUUGCACACUCCCUCGAAUCCAUGUUUUUUUAUCCUCCCUCCUCUUCCAGCACAUAUUUUUUUUACAACCUCUGUUUAGCUCUCUUCUCUGUGGCGUUGGUAUCUUGACUAUAAUACCAUCACUGUGCUGUAAAAUGUUUCCCUCUGCUGGACAACACACACACACACACACACACACACACACAUACAGAGAGACACAGAGACACAAGAAUAAUUAACUGUUUUACAGAGCAUACAUAUAUUCAAACAUAUUCAAAAGCACACACAUGCACAAUCACACUUAUAUCCCCUACUGUAGUUGUUACUGUACGUCCGUUCCCCUUAAUCCACUUUCUAACACUGAAACCUGUUUGUAUGAUAUUGUACAUAACUCUUUUUUGUAUUGAGAGUGUGAUUUUUACACCAACACUCAAUGUAGAGAUUGGAGGAAAUCUUGUAUUUAUUAUGAUGAUAGAGAACAGUGUGUAUGAAGGUGCUGAACCACUCUGAACCAACACUGGAUCUGCUGGAAAACACCCAGAUGGCUCACACUUUGAAUCAAACUAUAUGCCCACUGGACCAAGGUUAGACUGGGAGAGUUGUUUACUCAUAGUUUAUAAAAUGCUGUGUGUUCAUUAGGUUAUGAAUUUGAAUCUCUUUUGAAUACUCAUGAGCAAAAAUGGUGGAUGUGAAUCAGUUUUUCCCUCUUUUGUUGUCAAGUCUUCAGACACGUUCAUGGUCUUAUGUUAGCUCAGUGUUAUGUUAGCUAAGUCAAGAAAGCUAGCAUAGGGCAAGCUAACAAAAAUGCAACAUGUUAAAGCAGAAUCAAGUGAUUUGUUUUUGGUAACUUGGGGCAGUGGAACUAGCUGUGAACACAACAUUGACAUAUUAUCACCAUAUAAUGCUGUGGCUAACUUGUUAGCAUACUGUUUCUUAUUUGCAGAAAUGGAGCAACAUUAGUAUUCAUUUGGAGUUGUGUUUCUGGCCACCUGAUGAAUGUAAAUCCAAUAUUCACUCCUGUGUUAACUCUGUUUCUGUUUCCACCAACUCCUGAGAAAAUAUCUGGCUCUUUAGCUGCUAAAUGCUCUACUGUGUCCACCAACUAUUAGCUAACGUUGUCUGUCUGCUGUUGGUGCUGGGCAGCUAGCAUACAGUGGGUAUAUCACAGCUUUUUCACAGCUGCCUGCUGCUGCUGGAAACAAGGUUGAUGAUAGCAUUGCGACUGAACCAAACAGUGAAGUUAAACUAAGCUGAAAGUAAUAAUAAAAAAAUAAAAAUAUUGAUUAGUGCAGCUUUAAGAAUUAGAAUCUAAGUGUGGUUUGGUUGGAAAUCUAGGGAGUCCCCAAAGUCUAGAAAUAUUUGUUUUUUAAAAUCUUGUUAGCACAAGAUAGUCGAAAUGGGCACUUUGCUAACACGUUAACCGUGACAACUUAACAAAGGGAUAAUAUGUCACUGUCUUGUGUAUAGCUUGUUCCGCUGACUACAUCCAUGUUGUAUUUUUAUUGACUUUUACAUUUGCCUGUGCGAGCUAACGUACGAUCGUGAAGAUGUCUGUAGAUUUGACAACAAAGAAGAGAGAAAAUCGUAUUCACGUCCACAAUUUCUUUAAAAACUUGUGCACACAAGAUUAAAAAAAAGAAAAUCAUCUUUUGGGACUUUGGGGGCUCCGUAGAAAUCAAUGAGCCAGGAAGUUCUGUUGUUGUUUUAGUAUUUCUACCGAGCCACGAACAUGUGGUUAUAUGUGCAGUAUAGCCAUCAAGGGUCUGUGCUGAAUUACCCUUACAUAUUAUCCAGUGGAUGUUAACCUCUGUUAAUUAUUAUGUGAGAAAGAUGAAGUAAAGAUUUACUGAGCGUCUUUGAUUUCCCCGUUUGAACAAAAAAAUCAUAAAAACUGUGACAUUUUGGUGGUUAAGAGACCAGAGCACAUAUACCACGUACCUGCAAAGUUGUGAAAUCGAGUCAGCCUCAUGACCUUUGCUGCAUGACAUCCCUUUGUUUUAGAUUUUUCCUCAUUACUUUCCAGUCUUUCAUGUCCUGAUGAAGCAGAAAUGCCUUAAAAUAAUGUUAAUGGGAAAAAAAUGUAACAACAGAAAAUACAUUAAGUACUUUCAAACCAGUGACAAACUAUAAUUUUAAGUGCAAGUGCAAGCUUCUCAUUUGUGCAAAAUCUCAGUAACUCAUCAUAGAUGCAGUCAGUCAGUAUCUGAAUCAGUGUUCAAUGUGUGAGCUCUGCUUUGGUGCAAGAAAUGCAUGAAUGGGAUACGAACAAAUAAACACCAAAAGAAAAACACCCUGCAGAAAGAGCCAGAUUCCCUUCAGGUCAGAAUAUGUUCUCCUCUGGUUCAACUGUCAAUACCGCAGCUUUACUUUUCCUGUAAAGUCUGUAGUUCCUUUAGUCUUUAGUUAAAUCAAAGAACAAACAUGCCACAGCUGACUGGCAUGUGAAUAAAAAGCACCAGUCUCCUUCAGAUCUGUAACUCUGAAGGAGAACACACAUUUCCUUUGAUCCUGUUGCAGCAAACCCUCUGUUUUGUAAAGAUUUGUGUGAUGAGAACAAUAAAUGGAUAUUGCAAUAAGAAAA